CAAAGAGGCUAAUAAGAAAAUCCAAGCCAAAUCCCCUUAUCACUUCAUUUUCCCCUCUUACAAUUGCCAUGGCAGCUCUCAAUCUUCCUUCUUUUUCCAAAACCUUAAACCCUAAUUCUCAAUUCCAAAACCUCCCUAAAACCUUUCUUCUUUCUCUUUCCUACCCUUUUCUCACAACCUCUCUCUCUUCAAUUCCACCAGCAAAAAGUUCAAGAUUCCCAGUUGUAAGAGCCAUUUCUGAUGGGGAAUACUCUUCAAAGAGGAGCAGUAACAGUGAUGAAAGGGAAACUAUUAUGUUACCUGGAUGUGAUUAUAACCACUGGCUUAUUGUCAUGGAGUUCCCUAAAGACCCUGCUCCUACUAGAGAACAGAUGAUUGAUACUUAUCUUGACACUCUUGCCACCGUUCUUGGAAGUAUGGAAGAGGCAAAGAAGAACAUGUAUGCCUUUAGUACUACCACUUACACUGGUUUUCAGUGCACUGUAUCUGAAGAAACAUCAGAGAAGUUUAAGGGUCUACCUGGAGUUCUGUGGGUCCUGCCUGAUUCUUAUAUAGAUGUGAAGAACAAGGACUAUGGAGGAGAUAAGUACAUCAAUGGAGAAAUAAUUCCUUGUCAGUAUCCUACUUACCAACCCAAGCAGGCUAACAGAACAAGAAGCAAGAGUAAAGCAUAUGUAAGAAGAAGAGAUGGUCCUCCGCCUGAACGAACAAGACAAGCAGCAGCUCCCGAGUCUUCCUCCUAAAACUAUAAUGGUGCAUUUUGGGUUUAUCUGAUCUUAGAGUCGACUUGCCAUUUGGAAAUGCCAAUAUAUCAUUCAUAGUCUCAUAUUGGUGAGCAAUUUAACAAAGAUAUGUUGAUGCUUAAAGGUAGAUGGAAAUACACUGCUAGUCUAGGAGUUUGGUAGAAUGCAUUUAUUGUUUUAUCUUUCCUCUAGACUAGCUUUCUGGUUGCAUUAUUGAGAAUGAGGAAGAAAGCUGUGUCCGUAUGUAAUUUUGAUC